CAGCUGGAUUGUGACAGAGAAGAGUCUUGAGAAAACAAAUGUUAGUUUACGCUCAUUUUUGUGCGCUUUUGGUUGUUGAAACUGAAGCGAUGGAGAGCGACUGUACGGCUCGGCUUGCAUUUAACGCGUGCUUACUGACUUCACAAUAAUUUACGGAGGAUACGCGGUUGUCUGCGGACUUUAAUGGCAAGUUAGUCAACCUGUUUCUCGUGUGACAUAUGGGAGUGAACUUUACCAGGAGGUGCUAUGCUAGCUACACAGAUGCCAGAUUCGCCUCCUGAGGCUAAAGAUGUCAAACAGAUCAAAGAGAAGUUGGCCCAGUCGCUCAAGGCCCUGCAGAAGCGAUAUGUAACGUCAGACACAGAGGUCACCAGUGAUGAUAGUGAUGCUAACCUCCUCUGCUGUGCCCUGGAGGCCAUCUUCAUCCAUGGCAUCAAGAGCAAGUACAUCCGCUUGGAGGCCGGGGUCCGGAGCAGGAAGGGAGACCGUGGACCCCUCCCUCAGCCCUUCUUCUGGAGCCUCCUCAAGACCGUCACCCACCGUGAUGUGAUCACCGAGCUGGAGAAGAUCAGCUUUGUGAGCACGGAUGUGGGUCGCUGCCGAGCGUGGAUGCGGCUCGCCCUCAACCACGGCCUACUGGAGUGCUACCUUGCAUCGCUGUUUCGGGAGGACUCGAAGCUGCGGGCCCACUAUCAGCCCAGUGCCUUGCUCCUGAACACUGAGGAACGGGAAGUUCUGCUCAGCUACCUCCAGGGUCUGGCGUCACUUACAUUCAGCCUUUCUUACAAGUCAGCUGUCCUCAACGAAUGGACCACCACGCCUCUGGCUCUCGCUGGACUCUGCCCCUUGUCCCAAGCAGACACUCUGUCCUCCAAUGGCGGAGACCUUCCCACAUCCAAGCCGACUUAUAAAGAAACGUGGGAUACUGUGUCUCAGUCAUCAGGCUCAUCAGAUACAGCGGAUAUGCAGAGAGGGUGCCCAGUGUUGCUGGGGAGAGGGACAGGUGUAUUACCGGAGGGUAGGACUGCACUCAACUCAUCUAAUUUAAGCCUGGACACCACUGGCUCCUCUCAGCUCUCCUCCAGCUUGAGCUCUGAUAGCCUCCUGCAGGGGCAGGACCCCCGCAGCCUGACAGGAGAGCAGUGGUCUUCAUGUGACCUGGACAUGCCCAUUAAUGUCAACAUCAGCACCAAGAGGCCAAAGAAAAAUUCUCUGACAGAGUUUCGGGAGAGUGGCCACUGCAGUCAGGACUCCAUGCGUGAAGACUCCUUUGUCUCCAGCACAGGUCCAGAUCAGUACUCGGAGACAGCCAUUUUUAGUGGCUCUGACAGCGAGACCCAGGGUCCCAGUACACCAUCCCAAGACCAACCUCCAAACUCUGUACUGUCCGAUUCAGAGCCACCACCAACAUCCCUUGAGCUGCCUUCAUCUGACGAGAACCAUGUUCCCUACUCUGCCUCUGAAGUGUGCAUUAGUAGCUCUUCUGAGUUACACUUUGAAACAGACAUGCUCUCCACAGUCAGUGAGCCUGUGGAUAAGGUGGAGGCUGGAGAGCCUCUGGAUAAUGUGGAGAAUGUGGGGCCUGUGGUCAGUGUGGAGCCUGUAGAGGAAGUUCAUAGGCCCGGAGUUCAGGAGAGUACUGAGCCUGUUCAGCAAGAGAAAAAAGCAGAGACCUCGGAGAAGAGUACCACAGAGCCGUCACUGCAUCAAGGCUUACGUCGGUCUACUAGCAUCCUGAGCAGGAAAUUGUCCACAGAUUCUCUAUCACAUUCUCAUUCCUGGAUCUCUGAGGACGACAUCUACAAACCCUAUCUUGAGGAGGUUUCAGACCAAGAUGAGGGGCCGCCUCCUGCUCCCAUGGAUGAGCCCAAGGUCUCGCAGUCGCCUCCCAGUGUCGUCCAUCGCAGACAAAUAGGGCUGUCCAACCCUUUUCGUGGCUUGCUGAAGCUCGGUCAUCUAGAGCGACGAGGUCCAGUGGGGUUGUGGCGGGACUACUACUGUGAGCUGUCACCCUUUGAGUUCCGCCUGUAUGUCAACGCAGAGGAGCGGAUUUGUUAUGACAACUGCUCCCUGGUGCGAUGUGAGGACGCUCGCAUCACCUCGCCCGAGGGCCGCUUCGAGUUGGCCUUUCCAGGGAAGCGACUGUACCUCCGGGCAGCCAAUCACGACGAAGCUGAGGACUGGGUGGACCGGAUAGUAGAAGCCGUCAACAAAUGCCGACCAGCAUCUCACGCUGAUGAGCAGUGGGAGGUGCUGCAACCCACCAGUGAAAAUGGUGUGGAUGAACGCACCGUUUCAUCCCCGUCCUCUUUCCCCUCCAGCCCUGAGCGAGCUUUAUCACCCUCUGACUCAGGGACAUGUGAAGUGCAAGAGGCACCUCCUCCUCUACAGGAAUUCGACUGGACUCGGUCUGCUGAUUUGGAAACAGAUGCCAUCAAAGAAGCUGUUUUGUACUUCUCCACAGAUCCUGAGGCUCGGAAAUGGGCACCUCUUGUCUUCUCCCUCUCCCUGGAGGCCUUGAAAGGCUUUCGGGUACAAGAGGGACGGAAGAUGCUGCGGCUAACCCACCCUAUUGAGGAAAUCCGGGAUGUGGUGCCUGACGUCUCUGUGGGAGGGCCGGCCUUCUUCAAACUCCUGACCGUCAGGGAGACGCUAAGACUCAGGGCGGAGAACCCAGACGAGGCUCGUUCUUGGAGGGUUUUGAUCCGUGGAGCUCUGGACUCCUACCUGGAGAGUGGGGAGGAUGGGGGCUUUGCAUCGUUGGGGGUGACAGGAAAUCUCCACAGACUGGUGCAGCACAGACUAAAAGAAGAUGGAUCACUUCUACUUCAUCUGUGCACUGUGCCCUCAGAGAAGGGGCUGGACACUCAGGGCUUCAAAUGUGCAGGAUGUCCUCAGCAGAUUGGUCCCUCCCGGGGCAGAGCCAAGUUGUGCGAGUUCUCAAGCCAGUACUACUGUGAAUCCUGUCACCAGGGUGACACCACCAUCAUUCCUUCACGCAUGGUGCACAACUGGGACCUCACACAACGAGAGGUGUCUAAGAAGGCCCUGAAGCUGCUGGCUAAGGUAGAGCAGGAGCCUCUGCUGAACCUGGAGCAGUUGAAUCCUGAAUUGGUGAAGCACUCCGAGUCCAUGGCUCAGGCCCACAACCUGCGGCAGAGGCUACGCCUGUUGGGCGACUACCUCCUCACCUGCCGCAGUGGAGCCUGCAAGAAACUCCAAGAGAGAAUGGAGCAGCGAACUUACCUGUUGGAGUCAAGCCAUCUGUACAGUGUCAAGGAUCUACGACAGAUAGCAGAGGGCGAAUAUGCAGCUUACCUGCUCAAACUGAUGCAGCACGCCUCCAACCACGUGUUCCAAUGCGACCUGUGCACUCAGCGUGGCUUCUUUUGUCAGAUAUGCCACGCUAAUGACAUCAUCUUCCCCUUCCAGUUUGACAUCACCACCAGGUGUAAAGAUUGUAAGGCUGUGUUUCACCUUGCCUGCAAGGAUCCUGGGGUAUCCUGUCCUCGCUGUCAGCGAAUGAAGAAAUACCUGGAGAGGGAUCUGCUGGACUGAGCGCAGCCCGUCUAACAGGCCACAUUUUUCAGGAAGCUAGAAGUCAGUGGCUGAAGAGAAAACAGAAUAGAACUUGUACAUGAACCGCAAGUGCAAUUAUGGGUGUGAUUUGUAACUGACCUUAAACCGAACAGGAAGGUUUAAGAGCCGCAGCGCUACAGUAGCUACGCUCUCUUGCACAAAUUUUGAGGCAAUUUGGGCCUCAUGAUGCUGACAAAAUGCAGCCUAAUGUUACUGACCAGUGACUUUAAUACCUCUCUGAAUUCAGAUUCAGCCACGACAUUAAAAAAAGGACUGGACAGCCGGGAAGGUUGCUGCCAAGAAUUGUAUCCAACACAUUUUUACAUUAUGGGUGUAUACUUUGUUUAUCUUUUAUUGUGUGGAAUAAGAUGUUCUUGACCAUCAUGUUUACCAGAAAUGCUCCACAGUACAUUCUGCAUUAUCUCAGAUGCAAAAAGUCGCGUAUUUAAUAAACAUAAUAGAGAGUGGGUACGAUACAUGCAAAAUAUCAAACAGCACUUGUGAUGUUCUAAUUAACCGAUUUUUGAUUGUGCCUUCUUUUUAAUUUAAGCUUUACACUAUUUUCCUCUUGGUGCGUCUUUAAUUCAGGGCCAGAAAUCACCACAUAGGCUGUUUGAUUUUUUUAUUUUCUACAACCAUAAGAUAGAAUUACAUUGCUGUAAUAGAUAUUGAUUUUGUUUGAAGGUAAAAUUCAGUCACCAAGUGCAAUCACUUUGUGGAAUGUUUCUCUCUCUCGUAUACUAACUCAAGUUUAUAAAACUUAUAAACAGCUGUUGACAUAUGUGAUUUAAAAUACAGCUCUGUAAUCCAAAAAGUUCAGAAGGGAGAUUUAAAAAAAUGUUUUUGAUCAAACAUUUGUCAUUUGGCUUGUGUGGUGAGACAUACUGACGUAAUUUAUAAAGUUGCUGAAAUAGAUGAAUCACAAAUGUGUGGCAGAAACAAAACCUUGAUGCAAUUUAAGAUUUUGGGGGAAAUUAUUGGAUUUCACGGCGAUCCUGAAGUCAAAACAUAUUUUGCAUUUUUGCACUAAGCUAUGACUGUUACUUUGAUAUUUCAACUAGAAUGUAUAGUUGUAAUAUCCUGUAGUACAUGGAACUGCCCCUAAACUAACAAACAAACCUGCAUUGCUGACAUUUUUCUUUGAGGAAUUUCAUUUUCAUCUCUUAAAUAUUGGUCUGUGACGUAAAGUUGAACUCGCAGAAUUAACAUAGAACUAGAAUGUACAGAGAACAUAAACAAGGUUUACUCAUCAAGUGUAUUUUAAUAAACGCAGAACAUAUACACCUACAGAGUACUGCAGUACGGUUAUUCCUGGUUUAUAUUUUUGUUUUAUUUUCAUAUCAUUUAUUAUUUCUGAAGUGUAUAUAUGACCAUAAUGCAAUAAAUGUCAUUGUGUGUUA